AUGAACAAUCUUUUCAUAAUUUCGAUUCUUCUAGGUCUAUUCAUCGGCAUAAGCCAUGGUUUCCACACGUUAGGAGAGAGUAAAGUCACGGUAAGCAACCAGUUGGAACACAGCAAACUCCUCAAGGUUCGUUGUAACAAGGGAGACAACGAUCUUGGAGAGCACAUUGUGAAAAUCGGCGAAGAGUACGAGUUUACUUUUAACGACAGUAUUUUCGGAACGACUCGUUACUCGUGUAAAAUGGAUCAAGGUCCCAAUUUCAAACAUCACCAAGAGUUCGUGGUGUAUGACGCUUCGUGGAGCAAAGCUCUUGAGGUCACGUGUAAGUGGAUUGCUAGAGAAGAUGGGAUCUAUUUUUCUCUCGAUGGAAACCCUCCCACGAGAAAAUAUGUGUGGGACGGUCCUCACAUCCUCAAUAAUUAG